AUGGCUUUAAGGCUCUGGGUGGGCAUUUCACAGGCGGAUAAUGUGUUCCAAUCGCUGCGUCCGUUGACUUACAUUUCGUUGGUGGGCUUAGCACCGUUUCGACUUAACCUGAAGGCGGAUAAGGAGGUUCAUACAUCCACAUACUCCUUUGUGGCCGGCAUUGUGCAUUAUUUCUUCUUUGUAUUUUGUUUCGCGACGUCCAUCAGAGAAGGCGACUCCAUCAUCGGCUACUUCUUUCAAACAAAUAUCACCAAAUUGGGAGACAGCACAUUGAGAUUGACGGGAAUCAUUGCCAUGUCCACAAUUUUUGGAUUUGCCAUGUUUAAGCGUCAGAAACUCGUCAGCAUCAUACAGAAUAAUAUCGUUGUGGAUGAGAUUUUUGUGCGUCUUGGCAUAAAGUUGGAUUAUCAACGCAUUUUACUGUUCAGCUUUCUCAUCUCCUUUGGCAUGGUGAUCUUCAACGUGAUCUACUUAUGUGUCAGCUUUGGAUUACUUAUCAGUGCCACAAUUUCGCCUUCAUUCGUUACUUUUACGGCCUUUGCACUGCCCCACAUUAACAUUAGCCUAAUGGUUUUUAAAUUUCUCUGCACCACACACUUGGCCCAGAGUCGAUUCAGCAUGGUAAACGAGAUACUACAGGAUAUUUUAGAUGCCCAUAUAGAACAGAAUACAGCCUUGGAAUUAUCACCCAUGCAUUCGGCGGUUAAUCAUCAGCGUUACGAGCAUCGUCUACGUAAUCUGAUUAGCACUCCAAUGCAGCGCUACAGUGUUACCUCCAUCAUACGACAAAAUCCAGAGUACGCCAUUAGACAAGUGUCAAACAUUCAUAAUCUGCUCUGUGAUAUUUGUCAAACUAUCGAGGAGUAUUUCACCUAUCCCUUGUUGGGUAUCAUUGCCAUAUCUUUUUUGUUCAUACUCUUUGAUGAUUUUUAUAUACUGGAGGCCCUGUUAAAUCCUAAACGCUUGGAUUACUUUGAAGCAGAUGAAUUCUUUGCUUUCUUUCUGACUCAAAUGAUAUGGUAUAUUGUGAUCAUAUUUCUAAUUGUGGAAGCCAGCAGCAGUACCAUCAGACAUAGCAGCUUCAGCGCAGCGAUUGUCCACAAGAUUCUCAAUAUAACCGACGAUCUGGAACUGAGGGAUCGUCUGUUUCGCUUAUCAUUACAGUUGACCCAUCGAAAAGUCAGCUUUACUGCAGCUGGAUUGUUUCGAUUGGAUCGUACGCUAAUAUUUACGAUAACUGGCGCUGCCACUUGCUACCUCAUCAUUCUUAUACAGUUUCGAUCUACGCAUCAUGUCGACGAAACCGAAGCUGCCAAUAAUACGAACUAUGUGUAACUUGACUACGAGAGUGAUUUGAAUGCAGCUUAUGUAUACUCAAUAACAUUA